AACAUUUCCUGCUCAAUAGGUUUUCUUGUCAGAAGUAACACAUUUUCAGUAUUAAAUUUUGGAGGAAUAUACUCAUACAAACAAAGAAAACACACAGCUAUGGAUAUGCUUAAACACAUACAACCACAAUUCUCAUCUAAGAGUUCUACUUCCUAUCAUCUGACUCACAACAGCAGUUCAUCAACAUACAACUGUUAUUGUGCUACUGCAGCAAUAGUUGCUCUGGAACACUACAAGAUGCAUGACUGUAGUUUCAUGUCGUGGGAACAAUGGAUUAAACAAUGAAGAUAUUAAUCCCUUUGAAAAGUAAUGAAGAUUGCAGCAAUGACAAGGAAUAUCCUACUCUUAUGUCUUGUAUACAUAGUUUUAUCAUCUGUUGAAACUAUAGACAUAAUUUACCAUGUCAAUGAAGAGGAGAGUCCUUACACCUAUAUAGGAGAUAUUGCUGCACACUCUAACUUAUCACAUUCUCUCAAACAUCAACAACAAACUCUCAUUACAUUUACACAACUACAGAGGAAAGUGUCAAGUGGCUCUCACUUAUUCAAUGUUACAAGAACUGGAAAACUAUACACAACUCAAACGCUAGAUGCUGAGUCAAUGUGUGCAUACAACAAGGAAUGUUCCAGAACAGUUAAAGUAGCAGUCAGAAAAGAAGAAACAUUUGUAAAGGUAAUAAAAAUAAAAAUAAUCAUAGAGGACAUCAAUGAUCAUCAACCAGAGUUCCCAGAGGAUCAAAUAAAAUUAGAGUUUCGUGAAACUGAUGGAAAAGGAUCAACACAAACAAUAUUAAAUGCUGUGGAUAAAGACAUUAGUUUUCUUAAUUCUAACAUUACAUACAGACUAAAAGAUAAAAGUAAGAAGUUCUCACUAUCCAUUUUCAAAGACUUUGAUGAUCUUCCUGUACUUAAAAUUACUCUGAAAGGAAUGUUAGACAGAGAAGUGAAGGACAAUUACAUAUUACAGCUGGUAGCCAAAGAUGGAGGUUCUCCACCAAAAGAAAGCAUUCUGAAUAUACAAAUAGUUGUCAUGGAUAUAAAUGAUCACAGACCUAAAUUCUCACAAAAAUCAUUCAAUAUUUCCAUCAGCGAUACACAUCACAUAUCUUCUCCUGUUUUUAUCUUGUCAGCUACAGAUUUAGAUUCAGGUAAAAAUGGAGAUAUUACAUAUAACUAUAGUCAGAGGACAAGUUCUUACACUAGAAAAAAUUUCAAACUUUUGUCAAAUGGAGAGAUCUUCCUAAAUGAGAAUUUUUACAAAGAUAAGCAACAAAAAUAUAAAUUAUAUUUUGAAGCAAAAGAUAACGGAAAACCAUCUUUAAGCUCUACAGUCAUGUUAAUUAUUAAUAUCAUUAACAAUCAAAAUAAUGCUCCAACAAUAAAUAUAGAUUUUGUAUCUCCUUUAACAGAAAGCUCUACUUCUGUUUCAGAAGCAAGUAAAAUUGGAAGCUUUAUAGCUUAUGUUAUGGUCACUGACACUGAUAGUGGACCUAAUGGACAAAUUAAAUGUAAUAUUCACCAUAAAAUAUUCCAGCUUUCUAAUAUGGGUUCUAAAGAAUAUAAAAUAUUGGUGAAAGAACCUCUGGACAGAGAAACUAUAGACCAUUAUGUUGUGUCGAUUGUAUGUCAUGACAUGGGAUCACCUCCAUUAAAGACUAAGAAACAGUUCUCUGUCAAAGUGACUGAUGUCAAUGAUGUAGAACCACAUUUUACCAAAGAGACAUUCCAAUUCCUCACCUAUGAAAACCAGAAAGUUGAUUUCCCUAUUGGCUUCAUCAAUGCUACAGACCCUGAUCUUGGAGAUGGAGGCCAACUUACAUAUUCUAUCAUCAAUGAUAACAACAAUGAUAACAUUCCUUUCCAACUGACAAAAUAUGGAUUUAUUUCUACAUCACAACCAAUAGAUCGAGAAGUGAAAGACAUUUAUAAUUUACAGGUAUUAGUCAAAGAUAAUGGAACACCUUCUUUGAAUAACACUGCUAACAUUCUUAUAGAGAUUCUGGAUAAAAAUGACAAUGCUCCAUAUUUUACGUUUCCUAAUAAUGACCCUUACAAUCUAGAUGUCCACUACCAUCCACACAGUAAGAAGGACAUCACAAUUCUGAAAGCAUCUGACAAAGACACUGGAAACAAUGCUUUCCUCACAUAUGGAAUACUGAGAUCCAAUGAUAAAAAGCUGUUUACAGUGAACUCACACACUGGUGUGUUAUCUUUCUCUCGCACAGUUUACCAAAAUGAUGCAGGAACAUAUGAGCUGCAGUUUAUAGUGAAAGACGGUGGUACUCCAGUUCAGUCAGCAACAACUGCUAUCAUACUAACACUGUUUGUUAGUAAUGAUACAUCUCCAAUGUUGACUGCUAUCCACUCACAGUCUGGUAACAAUAUGAAUAUGACUUGGAUAAUUAUCAUUGUAGCAGCAGCUGUAAUACUAUCUGUAGCUAUUGUAGUGUCAAUAACACUAUGUGUUUUCAGAUGUAUUAAUCACUUCAAUAAUUCACAAACAACAAAAAAUAAUCCAAAAUUUCUCUCUCAGACUGAAAUGAGGCAAAUAUUGUAUCAGACUAAUAAUCCUGUUGCAAUAACUCGGAAUGCAGAAGAGAUAUUUAGCAGAAAUCUUCAGUCAAUAAACCCCAAAACUUCCUAUUACCCAGAGAUGGAACAGCCAGCCAAUGAAUGGAAAUUCUCAACAACACCCAGAAAACUUCCACCAGUUCCACAGCAUUACAAUAAGGAUGUGGCAGAUAGUUUAGCUGAACAAAAAUGUUAUAAUGAUAGCAUUAUGACAUCAAACAAUUUGAAUAACACACUACCUUCUCAAAAAGAACGAAACAGAGGAUGGAGUGAAGGAGAUAUUACACAUCAAACUUCUGGAACAUCAGAAUACAGCAACUAUCGACCAAACAUACCACCAACACCAAAGUGCACACAGGAACAAGAAACGUAUUUAGAGCCUGUAUAACAUGUUAAUUUGCAAUUGCUGAACUAUUAUCUAAUAAUUUAAUGACUGGCAUUUUUAAGCAUAUCAUAUACAUGUGUGUGUGUGUGUAUAUAUAUAUAUAUAUAUAUAUAUAUGCACAUACACAUACACACACACGUACAUACUUAAUACAAAUACAUCAUUGAAAGGCAAUUUACAGCAGUAUUUGCCAAGAGAUAUUUCUUAUAGGAAUGCUGUGUUUAAAAACACAAUGUAUAUUGGAAGGAGAUGAAAGUCAUCUUAGCAGUGGCUACAGAGAACAUCUGAUGCAUUUUGAUCUAGUUGGGCCUUAUCAAUGACAAAGAGAUGUUAUCUCUGACAAAAUAAUGCAGUAAAUUGCCCGUCAAUAAUGUAUUUACAAUGAUAUAUUAUCAAUGUAUGAUACAUAGAUGGCUAUUUUAAUUUGAUACAACUUCUGUUACAUAUAACAGUUAUAUAAAUAUAUAUAUACACAUACAUAUUUGCAUAUACAUACAUAUAUAUUGAUAUGCACAUACAUGUACACACACACACACACACACACACACACACAUUCACAUACAUUCUUAGAUUCUUUCUAGCAAAGAUUUAUCAUUCAAAUGAACUGAAGAAAAAUCAUUGCCAGCUUUAGUGCAAGUUGCACAGAUUUGAUAAUAACAUAAAUAACAUACAAUAAUGUAAAUCCUCCAUAUUUAUAUGCAUUUUUAUUAUUAAAAUUUAUGUUAACUAAAAGCUAUAAUAACUAGGUACACUCCUAGUAAGAGCUAAGUUUAUGUUACCUAAUAUCUAUAUUUGACUUUUGUCAUAUGAUUAAAGUUUUAUGCCCCUGCUAGAAUUGAUUAUAAGGAUUCAUAUUAAAUACCAUUUACAGUAAAAUAGAAAGCUGUUUGUGGCCAAUAUAUAUGCCAACAUGAGAAUACUGCAUGUCUUCUUUAUGGCUGAAUGGUUAAGAAGUUCCCUUCACUAUUGUAAGGUCUUAGGUUCAGCCCAACAGUGUAGCGUCUUGGGUAGGUAUCUUUUACCUUAGCCUUGCAUCAACCCAAGUCUUGAGAAGAAGAUUUAGUUGGCAGAAAUUAUGUAGAACACUAUCAGAUGGCUUAUAC